AAACCAGCUAGCACAUUCAGUCCAGAGCGCUCCGAUACGGCACGUCGUGUCUACCUCACUGCCAAAGACUGAAACUCUUUCUUUUGCCUACUUUGCUGUGUUUUCAAUCACCUGAGGUGAAUUUUUACUCAUUUUCAGAUGGAUUUGCGGUCGUGGAUUAGUCCGUAUUGUUUAUUUAAGCAGUGUUGAGUGCAUGGACUAUGCUCACCUCAUCUGAUUAAAAAAGGGGGAGUGGAGGAAUUGAUUCUGUGGAGGGAGAAGCUCCAUGACAGAGACCGACUGUACAGAACAAUUCUAAAGAUGCAAAGGAACACCACAGCGUCUGUGUCCCCGAAUACAACAGCAGUCACUAAAUCUAAGGAACAAAUCCUCACCCAGAGCUCAGGAGCCAUGAUAGCUGUAAUCGUCAUAGGAAUAAUCAUCAUCCUCACAUUUCUGCUCAUAGUUCUCAAGACGUACAACAGGAGAACCCAUGCAAAAAGGAUGAUGGCAGGGAGCACCACCAAAACCAGAAAGAAGGUCUCCUCUACUACCACAAAUACAAACCUGGCCAUGAGCAACCUGGCAAGUUCAGUCAAUGGAAGCUUUACGCAUUCCAACUCCAACGCACCUUCAGAGAGCGAAUUUCGCAUACCACGGGUGAACCUCAGUAACAUGGACCAAAGUAACGGGGAGCAUUUCAGCAACACAAGCGGUUCAACCAUAGUGACGAUACAUGAUGUGCCAACAGUGGACAACACAUAGCAGAACAACCUCUGGACUCACAUGUGUAGAAACACAGAGACACCACGAUGAACAAAUCUGUGAAAGAGGCCCAAGAAAUGGGGCCCAGAUUCACUGCACAACUGGGGUCUUGUGGAACAUUGGGUGCCUUCCAGACAAGCUCGGCAUUACAGAAACCUUCAAGACCCCAAAUAUUAUAAUGAAGGACCUCAGGAACAUUAAAAUUGUCCUAACACUUGACAUGAAUAUAGUUUAAUGCUUCACACUGAAUUUAGUGAUGAAAUAAUAUAGAUUAAAAAUAUAUAUAUAUUUUACUGCAAGGAGCAGAAUACUGUUUAUUGUUGAUUUAAAUGGAAUUGGACAUGAUCAAAGGAUGUCCAGUCCAUUUACUGUGUAUUAUACCAUUUGCACUCUAAUAGUAUAGUCAUUGUUGUAAACACAUUCAAAUGUUUUACCAAUGCUAAAUAUAGCAUUUAAAUGCAUCAGUUAACUCAUGUUGUUAUGUAAUUAAGUUCACUUCAAGAAAUCCAGACAUAUCUCCAGAAAUAACUUUGAGAAAAUUUAUUCACAACAAAACUUAAGUAUUGCAUAAGAAUACAAGAAACAGAACGGAGAAAAAUACAGCAGCGUUUGUUUAUAUAAACAUGUAGAAAUACUUUUAGAACAGUUAUAGCAAGCUCUCUGGCUAUCUUUCUAGUGCAAUAUCUCG